AUGGAGCCUGUUGGAACCUUUCUAGAUGAAGAAUGGGAAUCACUGAGCAGAAUGUUUUCCAGUGAAGAUUCUGAUUUCAUGCUGCAUUUCCACUUGUUUUCGAAUCAAGUCAUAAACGGGUUGAGCUUCUUGACUCAAACAGAAGAAAAUGUGGCUGCUGGAGUUGAGGAUUCUGUAUUCUUUCCCUCUGAUACUCUUGACAGCACUACAAAUUUUUUCUAUGUUUCUCAAGAAAGUAGCAAUAGCAGCACUGAAAUUGACAAUGUCCUUUUCCCUGGUCAAGAAUUUUUUUCUAAUUUCCCUGAUCGUGUAAUAAGUGACACGUAUGAUAAUUGUUCUGAUAAUCAUGUGAUGGAAGACAAGUUGGGCAGUGGCAAAAUAGGCAAUGCAGACAUUGAUGAUUCUGGCAAGACGAUGCAGUUCAAGAGGAAAUCUGAUACUCCUGAGCAAAAUAUGGAGGAAAAUUCAUCUGAAAGUCCUAAGAAAAAAUAUAGGGUUUCUAGAGAUGCAUCAAGGAUGGUCCAGUCCAAGAAGAACAAGAAAGUUACUCGAAAUAGCAACGACGCAUUAGAAGAGACUAAUGGCAGAGGAAGUGGCCUGAGUUCCAAUAGUUGCAACCCUGAGGAUGACUUCAACGGUUCUCAAGAAUCCAAAGGCUCGGGCAGUCUGAAUUCAACUGAAAAAACAAGAGCCAGCAGGGGUUCUGCAACUGAUCCACAAAGCCUUUAUGCAAGGAAAAGAAGAGAAAGGAUUAAUGAGAGAUUGAAAAUCUUGCAGAACAUUGUCCCAAAUGGAACAAAGGUUGACAUUAGCACAAUGCUCGAAGAGGCAGUCCAUUAUGUGAAGUUUUUACAACAUCAAAUUAAGUUAUUAAGCUCUGAUGAUCUGUGGAUGUAUGCCCCUAUUGCUUACAAUGGCAUGGACAUUGGCCUUUAUCAGAAGAUAUCUCCUACUCUAUGGCCUCAGAAUUGAUGCAGCAGCUUAUUUACUAAAAUAUUAACUUAUUUUUGCUCUGACUUGUAAUGAAUUUGUUGGAAAAUGGCUAUUAAAAUGGGUCAACUUCGAGCCCAAAUUUCAG